UACAAAUAACUAUCACACUGACAAAAAUCCAUGCGAUUGAGUGACCAGACUACCACCCAUUAGACAAUGAAAAAUGCUCAGAUCCGUACUGAAACAAGAAGAAGCAAUAGCAAAGAAAUCCAUCCUUUUUUCCAAGCUCGUGAAAAUAGUAUUGAAUAUUGACAAUCGGAACAUUCAGGUGAGGUGGAGUAUACAAUCCAGUCGGUACUGUGUUGUUUUGUUACUAUUGUGUUUUUGCUGUUUUCUGGUCUAUAGUUUUGUUUGUACGCAUGUUGACUAGUGCCCUAGGCCCAUAAAUUCCUGGUGAAACGGGACCUAUUUCAUAUCAGUGAACGUUGUGGGUGAAUGUUUCCAAUAAUCUCAGAUGUGCAUGCGAGUUUCUCCAACUGAUUCCGGUAACAGCGGAAUUUUAUUUGUUGGAUUCAAUCAAGAUUAUAGUUGUUUUGCAGUUGGUAUGCAAAAUGGAUUCAGAAUUUUCAAUUGUGAUCCUUUAAAACAAUUAGAACGUUAUGAAUUCGAUAUCCGAGAUGGUACCGGUGUUGGCUACAUGGAAAUGUUAUUUCGUACAAAUUUACUUGGUAUACUGGGUGGCGGUAAUCAUUCACGUCUACCAAGUAAUGUCGCUUGUUUAUGGGAUGGAAUAAAACAACAAUUUGUCUUAGAAAUCACCUGUGCUACAGAUGUUCGUGGCAUUCGUCUAAGACAUGAUCGAAUAAUAAUUAUACUUGUAAAUGCUAUCAAAGUGUACACAUUUAGCCCAUCACCUCAAUUAAUUUUUGAAUCAAAUACAUGUUCAAAUCCUUCAGGAUUAUGUUAUGUCUGUCAAAGUGUUGAUAAUCCAUUGGUUGUAUUUCCUGGACGACGACCUGGUGUUGUAUCAUUAGUUCAUAUUGGAAAUACUGGUUGUAAUGUCAAUCUUAAUAACAACGCAAAUAAUAACAAUCCUGGGAAUGUUACUAACAAUAAUAGUAAUACUACUACUAAUAAUAAUAUUGAAAGUACAAAUACAAUAUCCAUCAAUACUAUUUGUCCAUCAUCAACAAAUGCUACUAAUAUGCCACCAAGACAAAUAAUUGCACAUGAAAAUCCACUUGCAUCAAUCACUUUAAAUCGUGAUGGUUAUCUACUGGCAACAGCAUCACAAAAAGGCACAUUAAUUCGUAUAUUUUCUACAAAAGAUUGUACUUUAUUACAUGAAUUACGACGUGGCACUAGUCAAGCUACAAUUACAUCAUUAUCAUUUAAUAAAGAUAGUGAUUUAUUAUGUGUUACCAGUGAACGUGGUACUGCGCACAUAUUUUGUCUUACAAAAGAUUCUUUAACUAAUCCUCGUAAUAUUCAAAUUAGUAGUAGUAGUAAUAGUAUUAGUAGUAGUAGUACUAGUAUCAAUCAUAACCACAGUCCUCACUUGACAAAAUCUUCAGGAUUUGGUUCCGGUAAACUCUCUCUACGUUCUCUAUUUUCUACUACAAGCCAUGUACGAUGUGUUUUGGAAACGAAAUUCAAAGCUAUAUGUGCUUUCAGUUCUGUCAGUCCUGAUACUUUAAUAGCUUUAUCCGCAGAUGGAUCUUACUACAAGUACACAUUCACAGCAAAUGGUACGGUAACACGUGUAACAUUUGUAAACUUUCUAGAUUUCUAUGAUGAUGAAACAGAUUUCUAAUUUUGUCAAUGUAUCUAUUUCUUUGAUAAUUUAAAUACUAAGUAAUUGUGUUUUUGAUAGCUUAUCCUAUCGGUUCUUUUUCAAUUCAUGUUAACAUAGAUUGAAUAAAUUUAAUUCUUUCGUAGUUACUGCUGAUUAUUAUUAUUAUUAUUAUUAUUAUUAUUAUUAUUAUUAUUAUUACACCUCUCUCUCUCUCCGUAUAUAUGUUUGUGUGUGUGUGUAUGUGAUUAUUUAUCCAGUUGUUUUUACUUUUUAUUCUGCGUUUGUGAUUUGUUUGUCUAUUUUUUCUCCAAUUCUAUUUUUUUAAAUUGAACAUUGUGUUGUUUUUGUGGGGGGGGUGUCUUUCCGCGCUUUCUUCAUCAUGAUAUAUUAUACAUUUGUAAACUCUGUUUUAUACAAUGUGAAUUUAUGAAAAAACGGGUAAGACUGUGUAUUAUUAUGAAUGAAAGUAGUAGAGAUGUAAAACAAUGAUUAUUGAUUAUCUUUUUUUCCACGAUUUUCAGUUGCGUUUUUAUUUAUUUUUUAAGUAAUACUAAGCUUUUCUUUAGUGGUUAGAAAAUAAAUAUUAAUAGCCACGUA